GGGCUGGCGGGGGAAGACAGUAGCGCUCACCACCCGACAGCCCGGCAUCAGAACCCAGUAGUGCGCUUGCUGCUGGGAGAUCGGCGCUUUGCAAUAACAUAAAGGCUUAACCGAAGGAUCACUACAUUCCUCCUGUGGACUUGUACUUAUAAUAAUAGUGAUGGCAGUUACUCAGGCUGGCUCUGACUUGACAUACUGCAAGAUGCGGGGGAUCGUGUCCGUUCUUACCGCUUUUAUUAAAGAAAGGAAGAUGGGUUUAAACGACUUCAUCCAGAAGCUUGUUUCUAGCCCUCCCAUUUGUCAACAUGCCGAGGUUGGGUCGUUCUUAAAAAUUGACGAGAACCAGAAUGAGGAGCUGGAGGAGAAUCUCCUGUGUUUGACCAAUCCCAGGAGCUCUUUGGCUGAGGAGACUCAGAUCAAACCUUCAGAUUUUGACUACUUAAACAUUAUUGGGAAGGGGAGCUUUGGAAAGGUUCUGCUUGCAAGGUACAAGGAAAACGAACAAUACUAUGCUGUGAAGGUGCUGCAGAAGAAAAUCAUUCUGAAAAAGAAAGAGCAAAAGCAUAUCAUGGCGGAAAGGAGUGUAUUAAUGAAAAAUAUCAAACAUCCGUUCCUGGUGGGGCUGCAUUACUCUUUCCAAACCACAGACAAACUGUAUUUCGUCCUAGACUACGUCAAUGGAGGCGAGCUGUUCUACCACCUCCAGCGUGAACGGGUGUUUCUGGAGCCCAGGGCGAGGUUUUAUGCUGCUGAAAUCGCUAGUGCACUCGGUUACCUCCACUCACUGCACAUAGUUUACAGAGACUUAAAGCCAGAGAACAUCCUCCUGGACUCUCAGGGCCACAUUGUGUUGACAGAUUUUGGUCUAUGCAAAGAGGGACUGGAAGCCAAUGGCACAACCACAACGUUCUGUGGAACUCCUGAGUACUUGGCUCCUGAGGUGCUUCAGAAACAGGCAUAUGAUCGUACAGUAGACUGGUGGUGCCUGGGAUCAGUGCUGUUUGAGAUGCUGUAUGGACUGCCUCCAUUCUACAGUCGCAACACAGCCGAGAUGUACAACAACAUCCUUCACAAGCCUCUAAUCCUGAAGCCUAACGUGUCCAAUGCUGGCCGUGACCUGCUGGAGGGUUUGCUGCACAAGGACCGUACCAAGAGACUGGGGUCCAAAGAUGAUUUUCUGGAAAUGAAGUUCCACAGCUUCUUCUCUCCCAUCAACUGGGACGACCUUAUGGCCAAAAAGUGUGUGCCUCCUUUCAUUCCUACAGUGUCUGGUCCCACUGACCUCCGUCACUUUGACCCAGAGUUCACCCACUUACCCGUCUCGACCUCCCUAUGCAACACUGAUAACCUGCACGUGACCAGCAGCGUACGGGAGGCUGCCGGAGCAUUCCCAGGCUUUUCUUAUGGUCCCCCAGUUGGCCAUGCCUUCCAGUAACGGCUUCCAUGACCCUCCAAAACGUCCAUUCCAGCAUCACUAGAUGCAUCACGAAGAAGGACCACAGUGUGGGACACUUAGCUCUUCUGGUUUAUUUGCAUGCACGACCUGGCAGCACAAGGGACACUUGUGCAUGACCAAGAGGAAUGGGGGACAUUGUAGGACACAAACUACAGUAACAACAACGUCCAAAAAAGAUGCAAUGUGUGCCAAUGGAUGCAGAGAGGACCUGAGCUCAGAAAGAGAGAGAGCUUAGAAGUGCCUGAGAGUUGAACUGAUGAUCUGUGGAAGAAAAGGCAAAUUUAUACAACAAACUAUGGCUUGCCAGAGAUGAUGGUACCAGCUACUAGGCGAAACGCCUUUUGUGAUCUUUUACAUUUGAUCAAAAUGUCUUUGGAUGAUGUUUUAUUUAAUUGUAUUUUUCAUGCAUCAUUGCACAGUGGAGGUAAAGUAUCAAGAAUAGUACAAAAUACACGGAUGGUCCGUAAAAAGGAGUGAUUAUAUCAACCCCUAUCAAUACAAGAGGAUACACAGACUGUCCGACUCGAAUAUCAAUACAUGUUUAAUGAAUGCAUUUAUUAUCUUCUUCCUAUUGACAAAUGUUAAUUUAAUAACUGCAUUAUUGAUCAUACUGCAUUAUAUUAGUGUGGUUUAGCUUAGCUCUUCAGUCCUACUCAAAACUUCCCAAGCCAUGUUUAGGUUUAUAUUAGAAGGAAAAUGAGUUCUGCAAGCUUUCAGCUGUGAUUAUUUGUCUGAAUGAGUAGAAGACAUCCUGUGUUCCUCCUAAAAUUAAUAUUUUGUCUUACAAGUACUUUCUUUCCUUUUUUUCUCCAAUGCCAGCACUUUUACACAAAAUGCCAGACACUGUGUUUCCUGGAAAGGCAAUUUUAGUAGCCGCACAUCACAUUCUGUUAUCAUUCAUUUAGUGAGAUGGAUGUAUGUUUUAUACAUCCAUUUAUCAUCGUUAUCUGAAGCGAUUGCUGUCCAUUGCAAACACAGCAUGUCGAUUAGAUUGUAUUGAAACUUUUGCAUCAUGCACAGAAGUUUUGUAGUAGCCCAGAAGGAACUGUCUUUUCUGUUCAAAAUGUGCCUGUACGGCUAAUUUAUGUACAUUGUGGUACAUUUCCAUGUGUGUCUAUCAUUCCUGUCUGCAUCACUCUGGGUUGGACAGGGUCAUGGAAUGCUGUGCAAUAGAAAUGGUGACUUGAUAGAGAUGCAAACAAUUUGACAUGAGUGGUAUCAACUUAAUGAAGGAGAGGGGUUUGGAUGCCCUCAUGAUACGCAUCCAUGUUUUAAUUGUAAUAUAUUUCAUAUCAUUGGACCAAUAAUGCGCUAUAUGUUGUUAUUUAGAUAACUGCAAACAUGGCAAUAUGGAUAAAGUUUAUUUUCUUCCAUUUUUGGAAGUUAUUCAUAUAUUGUUUUCUAUUUUUCCAUGUAUAUUUAUUUACAUGUCUAAUGAUCAGAGUAUUAAAUUCUUAGAAUAAUGAAAUAUUGAGAAUGAUCUAUAUGAAUGCAAAAUAAAUAU